GACGCUGACUUCAUGAAGUAAACAAACAUGGCGUCGCUACUGAGCCUGAGGGACUACGGCAGCGAGAGUGAGAGUGAACUGGAAGACGCCGAGGAACUUGUGCAGCACUUGAAGCCCAUAGAAAGUGCGCACACGGUCGGCAAGGACCUGCAGUUAGUCGUGUCUCCGGAAGUUACGUCUACGAAAGAACUUGAUGACCGACGCCACAUAGACCCUAGUGAAAAGGAACUGAAGUACAAUCCAAAAUAUGAUGAACUGUUUGCUCCUGUACUGGGGCCAGAAGCUCUCCAUUCCAGAUAUCAUGAGGUCACCAGAAACUCCCUUGCUGGACAUGUGGAAACUGCACACUUCAAUGACUUUGAGUUUGAAUCACAAAGGAGAACCUUCACAACAUAUGGUUAUGCUGUUGAUCCAUCCAUUUCUGGACACCCAGAAGAUGGCAGAAGAUAUAUAGGAGAUGUAUCUUCAGCCAAGAAGACUUCAGGCAUCACUGUAUUUGAAACUCAACACAAGGCUGACCUGCCUCCCAAGAGAAGACGUGACAAGAAUGAUGAUGCAAGUGAUACUGAAGGAUUCAAAGGACCCUGGGCUAAAUUUGAAAAUGAGAAAACAGUUAUGAAACCAUCAGAGGAAGAACAACAUGACUUAGAUGAAAUACUUGCCAAGAGACAAAAACGACGGAAGCAAAAUGACGACAAGCCAAUUGAAGAAAAAUCUUUGUUGCAUAUCAAAGAUGCAUAUGACUAUCAAGGAAGAUCCUUUUUACAUAUUCCACAAGAUGUUGGUGUUAAUUUGAAGUCUCCUGAUCCACCUGAGAAGUGUUUUAUGCCCAAAAAAUUGAUUCACACAUGGAAAGGACAUACCAAAGGUGUGGCUGCCAUACGUUGGUUUCCAAAAUCAGCCCACCUUCUCUUGUCAUGUUCUAUGGACACUAAGAUAAAAAUCUGGGAAGUAUUCAACAACAGGAGAUGCAUUAGAACAUAUAUGGGGCAUAAACAAGCAGUAAGGGAUGCUUGCUUUGAUAACACAGGCAAACAGUUUCUCUCAGCUGGAUACGAUAGGUUCAUAAAGCUUUGGGACACAGAGACUGGAGAUUGUAUUUCCAGGUUUCCUAGUAGAAAGAUACCAUAUUGUGUCAAAUUCAAUCCAGAUGAUGGCAAUCAACACCUCUUUGUUGCUGGUACAUCAGAUAAGAAGAUUGUUUGCUGGGAUAUUCGGAGUGCUGAGAUUGUCCAGGAAUAUGAUCGUCAUUUGGGAGCAGUGAACACCAUCACUUUCAUUGAUGAAAACAGAAGAUUUGUCUCCACCUCAGAUGACAAAAGCUUAAGGGUAUGGGAGUGGGAUAUUCCUGUCGAUUUCAAAUAUAUUGCAGAUCCUUCAAUGCAUUCAAUGCCUGCUGUUACUCUUUCACCAAACAAGAAGUGGUUGGCUUGUCAAAGCAUGGAUAACAAAAUUGUAAUAUUUUCUGCCUUAGAUCGUUUUAAAAUGAACCGCAAGAAGGUUUUCACUGGUCACAUGGUGGCAGGCUAUGCUUGUACAUUGGACUUCUCACCAGACAUGUCAUACCUUGUGUCUGGAGAUGCUGAUGGAAAAGCUCAUGUGUGGGACUGGAAGACAACAAAGCUAUAUCAAAAAUGGAAAGCUCAUGAUGAUGUUUGCAUUGGCAUCCUGUGGCACCCACAUGAAACUAGUAAGAUCGCCACUGCUGGGUGGGAUGGUCUCAUAAAGUAUUGGGACUAAGCAAGUAUAGUAUCCAUAAGUACAAACAAAGAUGUCUACUUUUAUAUUAAAUUUUUACAUCAUGUAAUGAUGUCA